AAUAAUUAUGACUCUUGGUAUAGAAUAUACGUCAUUCCUUUUGUCAAUAAUGUUUGUUAGUUUAACAAGUACACUGGCAAAUAAGAAGUGCCAUUCAAGACUUGGAUAUCAUGAUCCUGCAACAUUUGAUUUAUACUCAUGUGCAUGGUGUUAUGACUUUCUCUUCUCUGUUAAUGGGAAAAAAUUAAGCGCCAGCAACCAGGAACCAUACCUCCGAGAAAGAGAUCAAACGAUAGCCGAUUAUUAUUUAGUACCAGAUAUAACAGACAACAGCAAUUUUAGUCGUAUUUGCUCAACAUUAACAAACGACGAAUGCAAACGGUGGCAUGCUUGCUGUAUGAAUGCACAUGAUUGUUGUGAAAGGCAGCUCUCUGCACCACCUGUAACAAACGGAACAUGUGCUAGAACUUGGGAUGGGUGGGGUUGUUGGGACGAUACCCCACCUAGUACGUCUGUUUACCUUUCUUGUCCAGCAUAUAUAUCAUUUUCUAUUCCUACAAUACAAGCCGAGAAGACAUGUGUAUCUGAUGGUACAUGGCAAAUACGAGAGGGACAUUCCUGGACCAAUUAUCAACCUUGUUUGAACUUUCAUGAAUUGAAGACGUCGGUAUAUAUAGGUAUUGCAUGCAGUGCAUCAAGUAUUUCAUUGUUGUUUCCAGCUUUGAUCAUUUUCCUGAAAUACAAUUCUUUAAGAAAGCAAUGUAGAAUACGACUGCAUAUUCACUUUUUCCUGGCAUUAUUAUUGAAAGAGAUAGCAUCAGUACUGUGGGAUGUGCUUGUUACAUAUGAUAAACUGUCAAAUGAUAGCGUCUAUACAACGACUUUAGCUCAAAACACGCAUUGGUGUAAGGUGUUGUCAUUUUGUAAAAUAUUCAUGAAAUGUAGUACAUAUUCUUGGAUGUUUUGUGAAGGAUUUUACCUCCAUCAAUUACUCAGCAACGCGUUUUCACCACCUAGAUCCCUCAUAUGUAUAACUGUGUUUGGUUGGGGAAUCCCGUUAUUGUCUGCCUCAUUAUACUCAUUAGUACGAGUUAUAUACUCAGAUGAAAGUUGCUGGACGAUAUAUUUCCAGUACACAGAAUGGAUUAUGUAUACACCAAAUCUUGUUUUUAUUGUGGCCAAUUUACUAUUCCUAUGUAACAUAGUUCGUAUUUUAUUGACACAAAUGCAAUCUCAUCCUAACGAACCAAGUAAUUUCAGACGAGCAGUUAAAGCGACUUUUGUAUUAAUACCAUUAUUUGGGGCUCAUUUGUUCGUUACAAUAUACAGGAUUCCAAUUUCAAAAACUGGCGGGAUGGAAUAUGAACGAUUUACCAUUUGCAUUGAUAAUUUGCAGGGUUUUUUCGUUGCACUGAUAUUUUGCUUUUUAAACAAUGAAGUAAAUGGGAAAUUGCGCAGAACAUGGCGUCGACAAGUCAGUGAACGAUUUACCUCACGUAAUAGAAGAAUGACAUUAACACUAAAUCAAACCAUGUCACUUCGCUCUGACAUAGAGUUCAAAUCUCCAAAGAUUUCCAGGAAAGACGAAGAAAGAACAAGUAUAGUCAAUGGUGACCACAAAAGGUCUGAUAACUCAGUGGCAGAUGUUUAGAUUCCUAACUGUUGAUAAACAUUCCCACUGCUUUGUUAUCAGUGGUAAAACUACGAUAUCACCAAGUUUGUUCAAAACUACAAAUUACCAUGACACACUGUUUAUCGUGGUAAAAAGACAUAAUAGUUGUAGUUGUAAAAGAUGUUAAAACUCAUUAAACACAACUUUCUGAUUUAUUCAGAAAAUCUCGUAUACAUUAAAUAACGUACUCAACUAAGAAUAAGUAUUGGAUAUUAGUCAUAGCUAUGUAUUCAUUUCUAUAUCGUCUUUUCAGUAAGAAAUAAUUUCUGAACUGCAUGUUAUUGAUCUUGUUUUACAUGUUUUUUAUACAUAUUA